UGGUCUCGCGUCCCCUAGUAUAUAUACUAGUAGAAGUUAGUUCAAAUACUCGUUCCAACUUCAACUUCAAGUUCAUGUUAUGUUCUUUUCUUGAGAUUCUAAGUCUUUCUGUUUAACGCCGCUCAAUGAUGCGUGGUUUUGGUGUUGGGUUUCUGUUGGUUUUGUGCUUUUCUGCGAGUUUUGGUUAUGGCAAUGCCAAAACUGUAGAGGUUGUUGGAUUUGGAGAAUGUGCUGACUGUAAGGAGAUUAAUAUCAAGCCAAGCCAAGCAUUAUCAGGGUUAAAAGUGACCGUUGACUGCAAGCUUGAAGAUGGUACAUUCCAAACAAGAGGUGUUGGAAAGCUGAAUGAGGAAGGACAAUUCAAGGUAAAUCUUCCUCAAGAAAUCUUGAAAGAUGGGAAGUUGAGUGAAGAAUGCUAUGUGCAACUCCACAAUGCGGCAAAUGCACCUUGUGCGUUUCACAAUGGGUUAGAAGCCUCUAAAAUCACUUUCAUGUCCAAGUCAGACGAAAAACACACCUUUGGACCGACCGGACAACUCAAAUUCUCAUCGGCAAUUUGUGCUUCCGCCACCUUUUUGCCGCCAUUCCCUAAGUCCCACCCUUGGUUUAAAAAGUUUCACCACAUUUUCCCUCAUCCACCCAUUGUUCUCCCUCCGAUACCCUACAAAAAGCCAUGCCCGCCGCCAGAACCAAAACCCGAGCCGCCACCAGAGCCAAAGCCAGAGCCGCCACCAGAGCCAAAGCCAAAGCCGCCUCCAGAGCCCAAGCCUAAGCCACCAAAGCCAUCUCCUCCGAAAAUGAAGCCACCACCUAAACCAGAACCAAAGAAGCCAUGUCCUCCAAAAAUCAAGCCACCACCUAAGCCAGAACCAAAGAAGCCAUGUCCUCCAAAAAUCAAGCCACCACCUAAGCCAGAACCGAAGAAGCCAUGUCCCCCAAAACUCUUGCCACCACCUAUUCCAACUUACAAGCCACAUCCGAAAAUAUUGACACCACCCAUUCCAACUUACAAGCCACAUCCGAAAAUCUUGCCACCAAUCCCAGAUUAUAAGCCGCAUCCGAAAAUCUUGCCACCAAUCCCAGUUUAUAAGCCGCAUCCGAAAAUCUUGCCACCAUUCCCACCAGUCUAUAAAAAACCACCAUGCCCACCACUUUCACUCCCUAAGCUUCCUCCUCUGCCCACCCUUCCUCCAAAAUUUAAACAUCAUCCACUCAUACCCGCGCCACCACACCCUUAAACAUUCCAUCGCGUGUAGGCUUAUUCGAGUACUUGUUAAUGUUUUAUGAAUGUAAUAAAGAUUUGAAAGAAGAUGAUGCUUGUAGAUAGAUGUGUCGCAAUUCGCCAAGGAAGAUAGGUUGCGAUCAUUUGUUUAUGAUUUCAAGAUUUGGUUUGUAGAUGUUCAAGGUUUGAUAUGUUUUUUGUGGCUACUUGAACUGUAUUAUUUGUUGUCAUUAUGAUUAUAAUUAUAGUUGCAUGUACUUGUUGUAAUAAAAGAAGUUAAUGUUGUUCUGUAAGUCAUCAAUGGCGGGUUUCUUGUAUUUA